AAAUAAUUCAAAUUACGAAACAUUUAUUAUUUCAUAUCGUUGAAGAUAUUUUUAGAUGCUAACUGUAGAAUGGCCCACACAGUGGGUUGGCACGUCGCCAGCCGCGCGCGCCGUGCUAAAUAAACGCACGCAUUUUUCAGUUCUUCGUCUCCGAAAACUGGGCUCUACUAUCUGUGAUGCUCAACACGUAGUACAAAUUAGUGAAAUUACUAUAGUGAACAGUGAUAUUUUCUUUAGUGCAGUUUAACUUAAGGAUUUAGUCUGGACAUGUCGCCGAAGUGUCCGGUGCCGCCGUUACAGGACGUCACGCUGUCAUUGGUAGCACGGCAACUGAUACAUGCUCUAUCCCGCGUUUCUUCAGAAGAUGAUGUCGCCCUUCCCUUCGCCAUGGUAUCCUCCUAUUACGAAAGUAUGGGGGCCACUAGCGACAUCUUCCAAGAUCUCCUUAACUUAAUACUCGGUUCUGAAUAUCUGGACCCUUCAGUUCGUUACUACACAAUGAGACUCCUCCUCAAAGAAAACGUGAAGAACCUGGCCACAGGGAUGUUCCCCUGCCCUUAUUACAGAAAAGUUCUGGAGCUCAUCGUCGAGCAAGGGCGACAUCUGACAUCGCUUAAUUUAAAAGGCGUGUGGGUGAAGGAUGAACACUUGUCGCUGAUGUAUCAUUUGAUCAAGAACUUGCCCAAUUUAACUGUUUUAAACAUACCGUACAUAGCCAAUGAUGAAGUUUUAAAGUACAUAGGCGAGUGUAACAAAGUUCUUAAGCUGCUUGACGUUUCUGGUGAAACUGAUAUUACUGAGAUCGGUAUAGACGCAAUGUUGAGUGGUAAUCCGCAGCUCACACAAAGUCUGACGGUUGUAAAUAUUGGAAUGUACGGCGAAGAGAACAUUGACCACAUUGAUGUUGCUUUACUCAUCCGGCGACUGCCAAACCUGACCAAUCUUGGCAGUUACUCGUUCGUCGGCAAAUCUAUUUCCCAUAUAUAUAACACCGAUUGCCCUCCAAACUUCAAGACAAAACUACAAUACUUACACGACACUCAAACAACUGUGCGAACUAUGAAAGCAAUACUCGCGUUAUGUCCGGUUCUGGAGACAAUUUACUUAGAAGAUCCUGAACAGGGCGUGUUGCCACUCUUAAAAGACCUGAGCUACGUAAACAAAAUUAAGCUGAACAAAUUCCAAUGUCACGAAUUGCAUCAGUUAUUGGAAAAAAUCGGAUACAAGAUUGUGACGCUUAUGCUUUCGGCCUCCAGGGGUUCUUUCAACUUUACUAGAAUAGCCGAGACGUGUAGGAACUUGGAAGUUAUAGAGUUUUACUCAAUACAGACUGCGACACACGAAGAGGAAAUUCCUUUCAAUAAAUUAGAACACAUUGAAAUAAUCCAAGGCAAUCUGUCGGCGAAUUUGCUCAAGUACUUGAUGACGGGUAGUCCACUGCUCAAGAAGUUGAUAAUUGGCGACGAAAUAAAGUUGGAUGAUAAUGAUAUGUCACGAAUGUUCCGCCGCUACAAAUUUGAGCAUCUCGAAAGCGUUUGGUUCCCGAACGCACCCCGCCUCUCACGUGACAGUGUGGAAUUGUUCAUGGAGUGUUGUCCAAAACUCCAGAGCCUCGGCCAACUGAGCGGCUGGAGAUUCACGCCUGACGAUAUGAUGUUGAUGAGAGCUAUUAUAGCCAGCACUAAUACUGAUCUCGUAUUGUCACCGCUGGGUAUAUUUCAACAGGGGAAUUAGAAGUUACGGGCAUUUAAUACGUGCUAAGGUCUACUUCUUUACUACGCACAGGACUG